AUGCCUAUGGAGAAGUACCAGUUUAUGAGCAAUGUCUGGAGGGAUGGCAUCUUCGACAACAAAGUCGUCUUCUGCACCGGCGGCGCCGGCACAAUCUGCUCGGCCCAAGUCCGCGCCAUGGUCGCCCUGGGCGCCAACGCCUGCAUAAUCGGGCGCAACGUGGAGAAAACCGAAAACAUGGCCAAAGACAUCGCAACCGCGCGCCCCGGCGCCCGCGUCCUCGGCAUCGGCGCCAUCGACGUGCGCAAACCCGAACUUUUGCAAGAAGCCGCCGACCGGUGCGCCCGCGAACUCGGCAGCCUGGACUUUGUCAUCGCAGGCGCAGCCGGCAAUUUCCUCGCGACCAUCGACCAGAUCAGUCCGAAUGCCAUGAAGAGCGUUAUUGAUAUCGAUGUGUUGGGGAGUUAUAAUACGGUCAAGGCGACGCUGCCGUAUCUUAAGGAAUCGGCGGGGAGGUAUAGGACGGAUGGGACGACGCUGCCGGCUAAUGGGACGGGUGGGCGGAUUAUCUUUGUGAGUGCUACGCUGCAUUACACAGGUACGCCGAUGCAAUCCCACGUCUCGGUCGCGAAAGCGGGUGUAGACGCCAUGGCCAUGUCUGUCGCUAUUGAGCAAGGUCCACGGGGCAUUACAUCCAAUAUCAUUGCUCCUGGACCCAUUGCUGAGACUGAGGGUAUGGCGAGGUUGUCCAAGUCGGAUGCUAAGAGUAAGGUGGCUAAGGCCGUGCCGUCUGGUCGCUUUGGAGCUGUCAAGGAGAUUGCCGAUGCGACUAUCUAUCUGUUCUCGGAUGCGGGUAAUUUUGUUAAUGGCGAGACGCUCGUUGUGGAUGGUGGCGCGUGGCAUACCGCGGGCUUUGCGGGUGGGUUCGAGUAUCCUGAUUUCAUGCUUAGUGGGGAGAGUGUUACGGGGGUUAAGGGCGGGAAGAAGAGUAAGUUGUAG